UACUCUUUAUAAAUAAUAUGGCGCUUGGUUGAAAAGUUUGGUUGAAAAUCGGCUUCUUUAUGUGAAUUCAAUUUUCAGUAUCAGUUUUUCGAGAUUUUGUGCGUAAAUAAAGUUCAAUUUAUUGUAAUCGUUAAUAUUAAGUAGUUUAGAAAUCGUUUCUUGUCAAAAUGGAAGAUCAAGCUUCAUUGCAACUGGAUCUGAUAGAUAACGGACUAUCGCACAAUGGAAACAAUUUAGCCGAAAUGGAAAUUUCCGACACAUUUCAAACACAGAAAACUGUCGAACACUCAAUGGACGUUGACGGUUCUUUGGAUAUCACGAAAAAAGUUCAAAACUCAUCGAAUGGCGUUGAGCAAGCGAUUACAGCCGAACCGGUUGACAGUCAUCAGGAUGAUGACUUAAUCCGUGAACUGGAACAAUUCGAGGGUACGAAAAAAGAUGACGACGUCGCACUGCCCAAGCCGUCGACCGCAGAAAACGGAAGCAAGCUGCAGGACACCAGUGAUUUGUUGAAGGACUUGGAAAGUGAUUCGCCGUGUCCGGGCCCAUCGGAAGCGGAAAUUGCGCCAAUCGAUGCGAUUGUUGCCAGUGAACUUAUGGAAGUUGACCCGGCGAAAAAGUCAGACGAUGGUCAGGUGGACUCAACCACUCAAUCGUCAAAUAAACGAAAACAGUCGGUGGACAGCUUCGUUGAGAGUGUUCCGAAGCGAGCCAAUAUUGAUAAUGCGGCCGAGAAGUCCAAUGCUGCAGAAGUGUCGACCGCAGACACACAGAAAUCCACCAGCGAAAUUGAUUCGGACACUGAAUUGAAAUUGCUGCAAGAGAAUUCCGACGGCGAAGUAUCUAUGUCAGAUGUGGUUGACGCCAUUACUUCGACAUCUACUGUCGCAAAAUCGAUCGCGACAACACCAAAUGAUGUUACAUCCGACGAAAAGCUAGUCGCCAAAACUAUUCCAUCGAACGAGGAUCCCGUGGUAUCCUCUUCUGGCAAUGUGGAAGUCAAGAACGUUCAGAAAUCCGACGCUUCUAAGAGCGACAUUGUCGACAAUAUUGCAAAAAGUACUACAUCCAAAGGCGACGAUCAAGUGUCGUCGAAUAAAAUGAACGACACGACUGAGGUAAUGGAACAAGAUUUAAACGAGACCAUUGAAGCUGAUCGCAUUACUGAAAAUGACGCAAAUGUGACGACCAAUUCAUCAUCCGCUAAAAGUCAAGUUGAAUUGCCAGCACUUGAUAAAACAAGUGAAACUGUCGUCAGUUCACAACCGGAUCCGGUUGAUUCCAGUGAGCCAGAGCCGACAUCAAUGCAAAUCGACACUGACACCAAGUCUCAGUCCAACGAUGCCACACAAAAAUGCAACGGCCUAUCAAAUGCUGAUGCAGAGAGCAAGGCUGACAGCAAAACUGCACCCGCUUCGGAAACAUUACCCGACAGUGGAAAGCCCGAUGUGACUCCAGAACCAAUUCCAGUUGAACGGAUCUUUGACAUUCGCGUUUUCUACGACGGCACCGAACUGAAAUCAUUGACAGUCGAACGAUCGGAACAGUCGGCUGAUGUGGUGGUUGCAUCAUCUGAGCCAACUAAGCACACUGCCAACGGUGUGGUCGAACUGUGUAAUUUUAUGAUCAAUCACUUUAGUGCAAUGAAACAGACCCUCAAUGUUGACGAUGUGUCGACGCCAAAGGGAACACAACGUGGCCGAGGAUCGGCAAAGAAAAGCACUACACCAUCAAGCACCACUCCGAAAGCAGCAGCAAAACGAAGUUCAACAUCCAAACGAUCGCUAGACAAAGCCGAGGUCGAUGAGUCUGAAUCCAAGCCGAAACAAUCCAAGAACAGUAGCAACAAGUCUGCCGAUGACGAUGAGUUGGAAGAAGCUAAAGGAGAUUGUUGCCUGGCUAGAUGGACAGACCGAAAGUACUAUGCUGGACGUGUGAUCGAGGAAAAACCGAGCAACAAAUUCUCGGUCCUGUUCGAAGACGGAGCACUGAAAACUCUGGCCGCCGAAGUUAUUGUUUUCGGAACCGGUAACAUUCUGCCACUGAAAGACCAUUCGGUACACGUUCUGGUUUCGGACGAUACAUAUGAGCCCGGAAUUGUGACACAAAUUGACAGCGAAGGUGGCGAAGUUAUGUACACGGUAGCGGCCGAGUCGAAAACAGUGACAUGCACCUCGUCCGACAUUUACCUGAUGGAGGACCAGGCAAAGGUCAUUAUCAAUUCCAUCAAAACGACCGAAUCGUUAAAAUCACCGGAAACGCCAUCAUCAAAACGUACCGGACGAUUGCCGGCAAAAUUGGAGGAAACAUUGAGCGCACGUUCAUCGCGUGGAAAGAAGAGCCUGUCGUCACCCGAACCCGGGUUCUCCGGUGACGCUGAUACGAAAAAGACCGGUCGACGAUCCAAUAAAAGACCGUCGCCGUCGUCACUCGUUCGUUUAUCUGAGAGCAGCGAUUUAUCUGAUUCAGUUGAGGAAUUGUCGCGUAUAAAUAGCGAUACGGCAUUAGAAGGAAUCAAUGGAGUUCAGCCGGAACUUCAAAAUACCCCGAAAGAAAGUCGAAUCCAUAAACUCCAAUUGAUUGCUGAACGUAAAUAUUCAGCAGAAAGUCUUGAUGAUCUCGUAGGACCGAUGCCGAAGCAAAAGGAUCUAUUCGCUGGAUCCAUUUUCAUUCUUACUUGCACUAUACCGAUACCCAUUAAACAAGCCCGUGAGACUGAAACAAAUGGCCAGCGAUUCGGCUCAACUCCAUUUCUCAAAGACUAUUUGCGUUCUCAAAUUGAAAUGGGCGGCGGCACAGUGUACAGAUUUUUUGAGGAAAUUCCGAAAACCAAAUAUCGAAAUUGUAAAUUAAUUGCUCAUCAUCCAUGUACGACGGCGAAAUAUGUUCAAUGUCUGGCGGCUAAUAUUACGCCAGUUUCCCACGAUUGGAUCAUCGAAUGUUGUCGACAGAAUGAACUACUGAAAUGUGACGAAUUCGUUUUCCCUUCCGGUUGGUCGCUGGUUGACGAAACAUACGUCAAUUGGAGAGUAAAGCGAUCGAAAGAAUCUGCAUCGCGCGCCAGUACAAAGGCGUUGAGAAACAAAGUCAUCCUAAUUGCUAGCCAACACAAGGAUUACUCAACGUUUUGGCAACGCGUUUGUACAUUAUCCGGCAGUAAGAUACACGUCAUUGAAUCGUUGGAAGACAUAAAGGAUAGGACCAAAGGUAUUAUGCUCGCCGAUGACGAUUUUCCGGAGGAGAUCAAAGCAAAGGCUGAACAUUAUCAAAUUCCCGUCGUAUCGACUGUCUGGGUCGUCCAAUCGCUAAUUAUGGGCUAUGCGAUCGAACCGGAUUCGAAUCCAAAAUUAAGAUUGCCCGACGACGAUGAAGAGUACUGAAAAAAAAGUUUACGUUAAAAAUGUUCCACUGUUAAAACGGUUAAGUUCGCAAUUCUUGAAUUUAUUAUUCUAGUCGUUGGUACUUAAUCGCGAAAAUUAUGUACAAAUUUUCUCAAGUUUAUAAAUAUUUUCUUUAUUAUUCCUUUUUGUUGAACCAAACGCGUCGCG